AGCUAUUACAGUCUAACAACAGUGACCAAUAGAAAGAGAAGAAGAUCCAAGAAAGCUGAGGACAGGAAGCAAACAGAGUGGUUAGCAGCCAAAAGCUGUGAAUUUACAGUGAUUUCUAGCUGGCUUCAGAUAGCUCCAGGAACUUGACUAACAAGGCAAACAAUGACUCUAAAAGUCUGUACAAGCCUUUUGCUCUUAUUCUUGGCCAAUUCUGUGUGGACUCGAACUGUGAGACAAGUUUAUGAUGAUCUGGAUCCUGAGCAUUGGUCUCACUACACUUCUGAGUGUCCACGAGAGUGCUUUUGUCCUCCCAGUUUCCCCAAUGCAUUAUACUGCGAUAACAAAGGACUUAAAGAAAUACCUGCAAUCCCAGCAAGAAUUUGGUACCUCUAUCUUCAAAACAAUCUAAUUGAAACAGUUUCAGAGAAGCCUUUUGUGAAUGCCACUCAUCUGAGAUGGAUAAAUCUGAACAAGAAUAAGAUCACAAACAGUGGAAUUGAGAGUGGUGUGCUGAGCAAGCUGAAAAAGCUGCUUUACUUAUUCCUCGAAGACAAUGAAUUGGAAGAGGUGCCUGCCCCAUUACCAGUGGGCCUGGAACAGCUAAGACUGGCUAGAAACAAAAUUUCCAGAAUCCCAGAAGGAGUCUUCAGCAACUUGGAAAACCUUACUAUGUUAGAUCUGCACCAGAACAGUCUGUUGGACAGCGCUCUUCAAAGUGACACCUUCCAAGGACUCAACAAUCUUAUGCAACUCAACAUAGCAAAAAAUUCACUCAAGAAAAUGCCUCUAAGCAUUCCAGCUAACACAUUGCAGCUGUUUUUGGACAACAACUCCAUUGAAGUGAUACCAGAAAACUACUUCAGUGCAAUACCUAAAGUGACUUUCCUUAGGCUGAACUACAAUAAAUUAUCUGAUGACGGUAUUCCCCCAAAUGGGUUUAAUGUUUCAUCUAUUCUAGAUCUACAGCUGUCUCACAACCAGCUCACUAAAAUUCCACCGAUCAAUGCUCAUCUCGAGCACCUUCACCUUGAUCACAACAGAAUCAAAAGUGUCAAUGGUACUCAAAUGUGCCCAGUCUCAAUUGCCCUAGCAGAAGACUAUGGUCUUUAUGGCAACACUCCUCGCCUCCGAUACCUUCGUCUCGAUGGAAAUGAAAUUCAACCUCCAAUCCCAUUGGAUGUCAUGAUAUGUUUCCGACUACUUCAAGCUGUUGUCAUAUAA